AUGGCAACAAACUUCUGCAAGAAUGCUGAGGAGCAUCCUGAGCCUCUGAAGGCAGAAGUGAAAGGGUCCAUUCCCAGCUGGCUGCAGGGCAUACUGCUGCGUAAUGGCCCUGGCAUCUUCUCUGUGGGGGACACCAGCUAUGACCACUUCUUUGAUGGGAUGGCCAUCAUGCACAGCUUCAACUUUAAAGACGGUGAAAUGACCCACCGGAGCAGAUUUCUGAGAAGUGACACCUACAAAGCUAACAUGACUGCAAAUAGGAUUGUUGUGUCUGAAAUGGGCACGAUGGCAUACCCAGACCCAAGCAAGAACUUCAUUGUCAAAGCGAUCACCUUCCUCAACCACACAGUGCCUGACUUCACUGACAACGGGGCAAGCAACUUCAUCAAAUAUGGAAAUGAUAUUUUUGCUACAUCUGAAACCAACUACAUCCGCAAGAUUGAUCCUGUGACCCUGGAAACUCAGGACAAGGUGGACUACCUGAAGUACCUGCCAGUAAACCUGGUGUCGUCCCAUCCUCACUAUGACAAGGAAGGCAACGCUUACAACAUGGGGACUUCAGUAGCAGAGAAAGGAAAGACCAAAUACCUGCUGUUCAAAGUCCCUGCUGUUUCUAGUUCAGACAAACCUGCACUCAAAAAUGUGGAGGUGUUGUGCACUGUUCCCUGCCGCUCUCUGCUCCAGCCCAGCUACUACCACAGCUUUGGCAUGACUGAAAACUACUUCAUCUUCAUCGAGCAGCCACUGAAGCUGGACAUCCUGAAGAUGGCCACCGCAUACAUGAGAGGAGUCAACUGGGCCAGCUGCUUGAAGUUCUCCCCUGAGGACAAUACCCUGAUCCACCUGAUCGACAGAAAGACGGGCAAAGAGGUUGAGACGAAGUACUACACCGGGACAAUGAUCGUCUACCAUCAUGUGAAUGCUUUCGAGGAAGAUGGUCAUGUAGUGUUUGACGUGAUCACCUACAAGGAUAACAGCCUUUAUGAUAUGUUCUACCUGAGCAAGCUGAAGGAGGUCACAUCCUCCCAGGAGGACAAGUACUCCAAACCAAGCUAUAGGAGAUUUGCCCUUCCCCUCCACUCAGACAAGGGCAUCGCUGUUGGAGAGGACCUGGUGAAACUAAAGUUCACAACAGCGAGUGCUGUGAAGGAGAAAGAAGGCAAACUGAUGUGCCAGCCCGAGGUGCUCUGUGAAGGUUUUGAAUUACCCAGACUGAAUUAUGAUAUCAAUGGCAAGAAGCACCGGUUUGUCUACGGGAACUUCGUGGAGGACUCUGCUCUGUCAAAAGAGGUUGGGAAGUUGGACAUAGAAACCAAGGAAAAGCUUAAAUGGAGCGAGGAAAACUGCUGGCCAUCAGAGCCAGUGUUCAUCCCCAGACCGAAUGGAGAGUCAGAGGAUGAUGGUGUGGUCUUAACAUCAGUCCUCAACUUUAACCCGGGCCAGUCCAGUUUCAUCCUCCUCCUUGACGGCAGAACAUUCAAAGAAGUAGCUCGAGCAUACGUGAGCACCGGGCUCCACAAGGAUAUGCAUGGAUUUUUCAUCCCACAGUAAACUCAGUCAUGUGUGGUGUUUGUUAAACAGCUUUGCUUUUCUUUAAAGAAGAAAUACAUUUGA